GUUGGGGGGGCUGGACCUCCUCCUCCGCCGUCUCUGCGUCAUCCUCUGACCACGCUACAGCUCACCAUCAGGAAGAGCGAGGCGUAAACAUCAGUGUGGAGGAAUGAAUCUCUCCUGAAGAUCAAGGGGUUUUACACACACAAGAAGAUCAGCAGGGACAUGAGGGGAGAGGGUCGGCCGGGGGCUCCUGCGGGGUCUCGUUCAGCAGUGUGGGUUCAGACUGCAGUACCUGCGAUGAUGCAGGAUGGAUGGCUAUAUGUGUUUUAGUGAACCUAGUUCGUUAGCUGGCUAUUGUUUGUGACAUGUAUGGGUGUCGUUUUGUGCAGAUAAUGAUAAUAAACUCUUACAAUGGUAGCUAGUUAGAUAAAUGCUGCAGUAUGAGCUAGCUAGCCUAGCUGGAUGUACAGUGAGUUAGCUAGCCUAGCAUGCUUCUGCUGUUUGAGUGUCUGGGUCAGGGUUGCCAGAUCCAACAAAAAUAUUCAGCCCAAAGUCAGUCUAAAACCCGCCCUUUAAAAACUUAACUUUUUCUUAACAUAUAUGUCCGUCUCACCUUUGAAGCAAAUGGCAAAACAACUAUUGGUGUAAAACUUAGUAUUUUGUUUAUAAGGGAUUUAUUGUCAAUAUCGCUAAAAAUCAUCAAUAAUAUUGUAACAUUAGUGUUUCCUGGGUUAUUUUAUAACAUUUUUAUAUUACAGUCAAGAACAUAUAAUAGUAACAUAAUUAGCAAAAGAACUGACUUUUACUUACUCAGUUGAGUCAAUUCUAUUUUUCGUCACCUGGUAAUUUCUGGUUAAUUUGAUUAUUAUUUUUUUGUGUGACUUUUUUGUUUUUGGCGGCCGCGGUAUUUUUAAAAAGUAGUCAAAUUUUUUCUGAAUUUUCACCCGCGACUGGAUUUUCAAACAAGCCCAAUUUGGCGGAAAAACAGCGAACCUGGCAACUCAGGUCUGGGUGGCUGGGUGUUAGUGUGGCUGGCACAGGGAGCUCACAAAGGGUACUGCGUCACCGGCUGGCAGGCUGUCUGGUAAAUCUGGCUACUCUGGCAUGUUCGGGCAGGGCGGGCAGCGCGCGGCGGUGGGCGGGUGAUGGUAGAGGAGGUGGAGGAGGAGGAGAUGAAUGAGGAGGAGGAGGACUGAUAGCGCUACCCCGCUCUGCUCUCCUGUCUCACAGCCAUUAUUAAAGUGUGACGUUUCCGAGACGUAGCUCCGCUGAAGAGGCUCGGCUAUGAGAAAUAGUUCCGGUCACAUCGCACCGAUCUCUCAGCCGCCGCUGCCGAUUCUACAGCAGCAGCAGCAGCAGCAGCAGCUUGUGGAAGGAGAGGAGCGGGUGAAUAAAGAAGCGGGUCUGGAGCGGCAGAAACCCGCAGCUUAGCCUCUCUGAUUGUUCGGUGGAGGACACUGGAUAUAUCGUCCUGCCCUCUCGGGAAGGCUGCCGAACCAUGAAAAACUGCGAAUAUCAACAAAUAGAUCCUCAAGCUCUCACUACACCAACACCCACCCCGGCUCCGACUCCUGCCCCGACUCCCUCUGCCCGACCCUGCCCGGAGAAGAAGAAGCCCAAGCGGUUGAAGAGGAAAUGGGAAGUGUUCCCCGGUAAGAACCGCUUCUACUGUGACGGGAGGAUCAUCGUGGCUCGGCAAAGCGGCGUCCUUCCUCUGACCGUCGGGCUCAUUCUGGUCACCAGCGGACUGUUCUUUAUAUUUGACUGUCCUUUCCUGGUGAAACACCUGACCGGCUGCAUCCCUGUGAUUGGAGGCGUCCUGUUUGUGCUUGUGUUCAUCUCGCUUCUUCAAACCAGCUUUACUGACCCGGGAAUUCUUCCCAGGGCGACGCCAGAAGAAGCAGCUGAUAUUGAGAAGCAGAUUGACAACCCCACCGGCUCCUCUUCCUCCUCCUACCGGCCCCCUCCCCGCACCAAGGAGGUGGUCAUCAACCAGCAGGUGGUUAAACUAAAGUACUGCUUCACCUGCAAGAUCUUCCGGCCGCCGCGCACCUCCCACUGCAGCCUGUGUGACAACUGUGUGGAGCGGUUUGAUCACCACUGCCCUUGGGUGGGGAACUGCGUGGGGAAACGCAACUAUCGCUUCUUUUACAUGUUCAUUGUAUCUCUAUCCUUCCUCACUGCGUUUAUCUUCGGCUGUGUGACCACGCACCUGGCUCUGAGGUCACAAGGAGGAAAGGGGUUGGUGUUCGCACUUCAGGAAAGCCCUGCGAGAUAUCCUUUUAGCUAUGACUCAAUUGUGUAUUUUAUUUUAUACGAACAAGUGCAUUUAUUCUUGUGUGUGAAAGUGCAUGUGUAUUGUCCUUUACUCCUUUCCACUGCAUUAGAGCUAGUAGUCUGCUUCUUUUCAGUCUGGUCUAUUUUAGGCCUCUCAGGCUUCCAUACCUACCUGGUUGCUGCUAAUCUCACUACAAAUGAAGAUAUUAAAGGUUCCUGGUCAGGGAAGAGUGGGAAUGAGGAAACAGGAAACCCUUACAGUUAUAACAGCAUAUUCAAAAACUGCUGCUCAGUGCUCUGUGGACCAAUGCCUCCUAGUUUAAUUGACAGAAGAGGCUACGUGCCCUCGGAGGAGGCUGCAGAGAUUGGCCCCACAGAAAUUGAGCUUCCUGCUGCUAAAAACGACAUCAACAUGUGCGCCCAGGGUACUAAAGGCCUGCUGGAGACGGCCACUCGGUCGCCUUUCCUCUCUAGCCCCUGCCCACAAGCCAAGGGCCAGGCUGUGCCGCCACCACCAGCACUGGACGCUCUGCCUAACAUCGCUGCUGCUUCUUCUUCUCCUGCUCCUGCCCCUUCCCCUGCUCCCUCACCUUCGCCUCGUCCUGCUCCAGGGCAGCCAAAGGCGUCUAGGGAGCGACCAGCAGCUACAUCGUCCCACAGGCAUCACUCUCAUCACAGGAGCAAGAGCAAACGAACUACCGCACAAGCCCACAACCCCACCCAUGCUUCCAGCUCUCCAGCACCCCAGGGGCCAAGGCACAAUCACGGCUCGAGAAGCAGGAAAGACUCAAAAAGUCGAGACCCAAAGUUCACAUCUCUGCACUGAUCUCCUGCCUGUGCAGCACAAUCUGCAAGAGCAGGAAACUCUUCUGAAAAAACUUGUAUAUAGGGGGCACCAAACUCAAACUUUCCUUCUGCAUCUUGCAGGUUUGUGUGUUCUCCUUUGAAUUUUUGCAUUUUUUUCUUUCAGUUCAGCAGAACACCUGCAGGUCAGAUGUUUUCACACAGAGCUUCAAUUGGAAGGAAAUGACUUUCAGUGAUGACGCAAAUAGUAAUGAAGAAAUGGGCGAAUAUAGACUUCGAUCCAGCCAAAAAGAGCUAAACACAACCUGCUCCACUGGUGCAUGGAUCCAAAUCCAACUACGUAUGGACUGGACCAUAAAGUCCUUCUCUAUUGAGACAGGGACAUUGAGACAAUGUGGACAUUCAAUGGACCACAGCCAUCAACGUCUGCUGUCUCAGCCAAUCAAUGCGUGCCAAAGCGGCCAAGGACAAACAAACACAGACACACACACUUGGGAGCUUUAUUUGAACAGCAAUAAUUUUACAACAAAUACUUUUUGUCUUGUACAUGGAAUGAGUUCUGGGAUCAACUUCUUCUUCUCCGGCCUUUGAGGCCACAUCUGGGAUCUAUAUCGGCCUGGCCCGACUGAGCCAAGGCCAGCCUUCAUUAUGCAAAUAUCAGUGCAUGCCUGGAAAAUGUAGCUCACACUUUACUAUACAUUAUUCAUGGUUCAUGACUGAAAAACUAAGUAUUUCUUACCCAAGAAGUAAAGUUCCUUACAUCCUCAAAAUACUUCACCUUCAGACCUCCAGACCUUGUCUGUAUAGUGUUUGUUUGUGACUUGCCCGUUGGUUUUGAACAUUCAGGGACAAAAUGUGACCUACCCUACAUUUGAUACAAUAUACUGGAAGGUUUAACUUAAUGGUCAUAAAAGGUCAUAAAUCCAGGUCAUAAAAGUAUUAUUGUUUUCAAGGUAUUUGGUCAUAUUUGAUCUCCAUUAGCACUUUCAUGAUAGGUGCGUAGAUUUGCACCAGUUUGCUUUUGUUUGUUUGUUUAGCUGUUUUUUUUUCUUCAGGGGUGAAAAACUGUAGGUAAACUGUUCGACUUAAAUUUGAAAAAAAAAAAAAUCUAAUUUGCAGUCAAGAUGUUUUAAUUUAUACGUAUAAAUUUUGUUUAUUUAAUUUUAAACUGAAACAUUGAGGCUAAUAAUGCGAACUUCCAUUGAAGGUCAACACGUAGCAAUCCCAAAACUGACCCAUAAAUAUGUACAUGCCCAUACAUGUCUAUCAGCCUUUCAGAUGGGACAACACUUGUCAGUGUUGUUUAGGUCACAUGUUUGAUUUAUCAUAGACUACAAUCAAAUAACCAAAACUUUACAGCAUAGUUGAACAAAUUGGCAAUUUUAAACAUUUAACAGUUUUGUCAAGUUUUUAGAGCACUAAAAGACCUAGAAAACCUAGACGUAGUGUGUGGGCAUAGCUGAGUUCAAGUCAGGCUGCAUUGAUUGUUUUGAAAAUAGAUUAAUAGCUUAUUACCUUAUUUAGGCAAAAAUUGAUUUCCAGCAUUUAAUUUAAUCAACCGUAAUAAUGUAAUUAUUACGAUUAUAAUUAUAAUUGUAUAAGAAACACACAGCCAACUAUUAUUAAA